AAAUCUCAGAAAAAAUGGAAAAAAAGGCAAUAAGCAAUGAGACUGAGCCGCUGACUGCCAAGAAAGAUGUCUCAGACUGUAACGAAGGAGAAGAUUGUAAAGAGAACAGACUUCUGGUCAGGAACCCUAAAUCUGCCCUACGGCUUGUGGAGGAUGGCAAUAAAGUCCAUCCCAGCCAGGGAGAUAAAGGGGAGGCAGCUCAGAUCUCAAACGGUUAUUCAGGGGUUCAGAGCUCCGUUCCCUGCAAUGGAAUGGGAGAGGUGGAAGAUGCCCAGUGCACUGCCCCGGCAGCCACCACCACCACUACAACCACCACUUCUACCACCUGCGGAGCAGAAGGCCAGCAGCAGCUGAUGGAGCUAGAAGACAGAGAGACAUGGAGUAAAAAAAUUGACUUUCUACUCUCUGUCAUUGGAUACGCGGUGGAUCUGGGAAACGUAUGGAGAUUUCCUUAUAUAUGCUAUCAAAAUGGAGGAGGAGCAUUCCUCAUUCCUUACACAAUUAUGGCCAUCUUUGGAGGGAUUCCUCUCUUCUAUAUGGAACUAGCACUAGGACAGUACCACAGGAACGGGUGUAUUUCAAUUUGGAGGAAAAUAUGUCCUAUAUUCAAAGGAAUUGGCUUUGCCAUCUGUAUAAUAGAUCUUUACGUAGCCUCCUACUACAACACCAUUAUGGCUUGGGCCUUUUACUACCUCGUAUCCUCCUUCACGGCGGAGCUGCCAUGGACCAGCUGCACAAACGCCUGGAACACAGGCAACUGCACCAACUACUUCAGCAAGGACAAUGUCAGCUGGUCCCUGCACUCCAUCUCUCCCGCAGAAGAAUUUUAUACCCGCCAAGUUCUACAGGUGCACAGGUCCAAUGGGCUGGAUGACCUGGGGGGCAUUAGUUGGCAAUUGACCCUCUGUUUAUUGUUAAUCUUCACCAUUGUAUACUUCAGCAUCUGGAAAGGGGUCAAAACAUCUGGCAAGGUGGUAUGGGUGACUGCCACAUUCCCUUACAUCAUACUCUUUAUCCUGUUAGUGAGAGGUGCAACUUUGCCUGGGGCUUGGAGAGGUGUCCUCUACUACUUGAAACCUGACUGGCAGAAACUCCUGGCCACUGAGGUUUGGGUGGAUGCAGCAGCUCAGAUUUUUUUCUCCCUUGGUCCAGGUUUUGGGGUCCUAUUGGCUUAUGCCAGCUACAACAAAUUCCAUAACAACUGCUACCAAGAUGCUCUGAUUACCAGUACCGUGAACUGUGUGACUAGUUUUGUGUCUGGAUUUGUCAUUUUCACUGUGCUGGGAUACAUGGCUGAGAUGAGGAAUGAAGAUGUAUCAGAGGUUGCCAAAGAUACUGGACCCAGCCUUCUCUUCAUUACAUAUGCUGAGGCCAUUGCAAACAUGCCUGCUUCCACUUUCUUUGCCAUCAUCUUUUUCCUGAUGUUACUCACGCUGGGAUUAGACAGCACGUUUGCAGGACUAGAGGGAGUGAUUACUGGAGUACUGGAUGAAUUCCCGCAAGUCUGGAGCAAACGCAGGGAAUUGUUUGUCCUUGGUCUCAUCAUCGUUUGCUUUUUGGGGUCAUUAGCCACCCUGACAUUUGGUGGCGCAUAUGUGGUAAAGCUGUUUGAAGAAUAUGCCACUGGUCCAGCUGUCCUAACCGUCGUGUUUCUGGAGGCAGUUGCUGUGGCCUGGUUCUAUGGCAUCACCCAGUUUUGCAACGAUGUGAAAGAAAUGCUAGGCUUUACCCCAGGCUGGUACUGGCGAAUUUGCUGGGUAGCAAUUAGUCCCAUCUUCCUUCUGUUCAUCACUUGCAGCUUUCUGUCCAACCCUCCUGAGCUACGGCUUUUUGAUUAUAAUUAUCCCUACUGGACAACAGUAGUGGGUUAUUGCAUAGGGACCUCUUCUAUCAUCUUCAUUCCAAUCUACAUGGUUUAUCGGUUGAUCAUCACUCCGGGAACACUUAAGGAGCGUAUUCUGAAAAGCAUUACUCCAGAAACAGCUACAGAAAUUCCUUUUGGAGACAUCCGCAUGAACGCAGUAUAAGCUAACCUGUUUUCUGGGGGGAAAGGAGGGGAGCAUAAAAUAUAAUUUUCCCCAUACUCUCCCCCGGCGCCCCCAAAGAAUUACACUUCCAGCUGAGACAAAUGAUAGAGGAGUCUUCUGUGGAGACUGUGUCACUGACAACGGGCAUUUGG